GUAUAUUACAUAUACCCCACUUUUCAACCCACCCUUAUAAUUUCUCUCUCAAACACAUUCCCCAAACCUAAUUUCAAAGAAAAGAAGAAGAAGAAGCUUUCCUCUCUGUGUUUGCUUUCUAUCCUUCGCGCCUAUACUGCACCCGCUACAAUGGGUCAAUCUCCUUCCGCCGCUUUAGACAGGGAAAGCUCCUUCAGCCACCGUUUUGGCUUUUUAUCUUCUUCUAGUUCGGGUUCCAGCGAUGGAUUUUCCGAUGAGAUUUUGGCGAAUCGGGAUUACACCGCUGAGAUUCCCGACGAGUGUUUAGCUUAUGUUUUUCAAUUCCUCGGCCCUGGUGAUCGGAACCGUUGUUCGCUUGUCUGCAAGCGGUGGCUGUGCGUUGACGGUUGGAGCCGCCACCGUUUGUCUCUCGACGCUCAAUCUGAGAUCGAAGUUUCUUUGCCUUCUAUCUUUAUGCGCUUCGAUUCCGUAACCAAACUCACUCUACGUUGUAGCCGUAGAUCAAUUAGCUUAAACGACGGCGCUUUGGUUGCGAUCUCAGUCCGUUGCCAAAACCUCACACGGCUUAAGCUCCGCGGUUGCCGCGAAAUCAGCGAUGAAGGAAUGUCGACUUUUGCUAAGAAUUCUAAGAACCUAAGGAAACUUUCUUGUGGUUCUUGUACGUUCGGUGCCAAAGCUUUGAACGCUGUCCUUGAUUAUUGCUCGAAUUUAGAAGAGUUAUCGGUGAAAAGGCUCAGAGGAAUCCACGACGGAGCUGAGGCGAUCGGGCCUGGAGCGGCAGCUUCUUCGCUGAAAACGAUUUGCUUGAAGGAGCUCGUUAACGGUCAGUCUUUUGAACCGCUUGUUGUUGGAGCAAAAAACCUUAAGGCUUUGAAAAUUAUACAUUGUUUGGGUGAUUGGGACAGAGUCCUUCAAUUAAUUGGGAAUCGAAAUCGAAACGGAAAAGAAAAUCUCCAUCUUAAUAACUAUAAUAGCAAUGGUAACAACGAUGCUUUGAUGGAAAUUCACCUUGAGAGGCUUCAAGUAAGUGAUAUUGGCCUAUCUGCUAUUUCCAAAUGCACCAAAAUUGAAAAUUUGCAUAUUGUGAAAACCCCAGAUUGUUCAAAUUAUGGGCUUGUUAGUGUUGCUGAGCAUUGUAAGUUGUUAAAGAAGCUUCAUGUUGAUGGAUGGAGGACUAAUAGGAUUGGAGAUGAGGGUUUGGUUGCUGUAGCCAAACACUGUCCUAAUUUAGAAGAACUUGUUCUGGUUGGCGUUAAUGCUACCCAUUUGAGCUUGGGAGCCAUUGCUUCUAAUUGCUCGAAACUUGAAAGAUUAGCACUUUGUGGAAGUGGGACUAUUGGUAAUACAGAGAUUGCGUGCAUUGCAGCAAAAUGUAUGGCUUUGAAGAAACUUUGCAUCAAGGGAUGUCCUAUUUCGGAUAUCGCCAUUGAAGCACUGGGUUCUGGUUGUCCCAGUUUGGUGAAAAUUAAGUUGAGGAAAUGUAGGGGAGUGAGUUGUGAGGCUGGUGAAUGGUUGCGCGAACAAAGGGGAUCUCUAGUGAUCAAUAUGGAUGCUUGUGAGGUAGAUGGUGGUUUUGAGGCUAGUGUCAGCAAUGGUGGAAUCCAUGAAGUUGGGGUGGAUUAUCCGCAGGUGGUUAGCCAAGUAACUGACAGAGAUGCUUCGACGAGCAGCAAUGGCAGGUUAGCAUUGUUAAGGUCGAAGUUUGGGCUUUUUGCUAGUAGGAAUUUUGUGGCAUGCACAUUUAGAAGGUGGUCUAACAAUGAAGAUAGUUUCAAUGGCAACUUGUGAAUGAUCCUUUUUAAGAGUUGGAACAAUAUUCUUGAUUUGAUCACAAUGCAACUUUGUGAGACGAAUCAUUUUCUUAAUGCUUUUUGUAGUUCUUGAUUACAUUUUUUCUUGGGAAUGUGCAAAUUUGGGAGGAAAAAGAAUGGGAAACAAUUGGCCACGUAUUUUCUGAUGAUUUCUUGUAGAUGUAUUGUAUCUCCCCUUUCAACAAUGUGUUAUUUUUUAUAUCUGUGCAUAGAUAUUUGCACUUUGUAUAAGAGGUGGCAUUUUGUAGGUCUGAAA